AAAAAAAAUAAAUAAAAAAUUCAUCUCGUGCUCGUAAAAAUUAUUCUGAUGCAAUUUUGCAAUUUUUCGAUUCAGUGAAUAGCCCCUCAUUAUCGCAAGACCUGACUAAAUAAGACACCUCGAGCACGUGUCUAGAUUAAAGUUCAUCAAGUGAAUACAGUGUUACAUAAAACUUGGAGUCAAUACAAACAUAAUUGUAGAACAAUGGCCAGCUCAGGAAAUUCAGCAGACUCGCUUUUGACAAAACUCGGUCUCCAACCAGUAACACGAUGCUCGUUGGCUAAAUUAUACGUUCCCGCAUUAGGAGUUGCUGGUUACUCAGGACUUGGAUACAGUGUCUUGAACCCUGAUUUUGUGCUAAGAUUUUCUCAAAAUGUCGACAUUACCAACAUGUCCCUGGGGACUUCCCUCGUGGGCAUGGGAUCAUACAUUUACACUAGAGAACACAUGAAACCGGCCCGUCCGGUUGUUCGAGUUAUGUACAGUGUCACUGGAGCACUUUUGUUCAACUUUGGAUCCGUUUUAAUCUGGGCAGUCGUAAAAUCAGUUUUUGGGAUGAAUAAUGUAACGCAGUGCACAUUAGCAGGAACUGCUACAGGAGCCGCGUUUAUCAUAGGUGGUCACAGUUACCUCAAUUUCGUCGACAGCCAAGUCGCCAAGAAGUAGCGGGUGUUUAUUUAUUUAUAUUCAUAAUAUUGUUAGAUUUUCUUAUGAGAUACACACGCCACUCAUUGCUAUAUUUACAAAUAAAACUCCAAAAAAUAAUCAAUAUUUUUCUUCAGCUCCCAUCGGUUAUACAAAGUAAUUAAUUAAUUGUACCACUUUUUUUAUCAGUCACAUUUUAAUUCUGUUAAGUGUUUGCUGUUUUUCUUGACACUUUGUAUAAAUUGUUAUCCUAGUGUUAUAAUUAUGUUGAAUUUAAAUCAAAUAGAAGCUAUUAAAAAAAAAUUUAU